GCCCCCUCCCCUCCCUCCCUCCCCUCCCCUCCCCUCCCCCCCGGGCCCGGCGCCCCCCCCCCGCCCCCACCCCCCCCAUGGACAUGCUGGACCCGGGUCUGGAUCCUGCUGCCUCGGCUACCGCUGCUGCUGCCGCCGCCAGUCACGACAAGGGACCCGAGGCAGAGGAGGGCGUCGAGCUGCAGGAAGGCGGGGACGGCCCUGGGGCGGAGGAGCAGACGGCGGUGGCCAUCGCCAGCGUCCAGCAGGCGGCGUUCGGCGACCACAACAUCCAGUACCAAUUCCGCACAGAGAAUAAUGGAGGACAGGUGACAUACCGCGUAGUCCAGGUGACUGAUGGUCAGCUGGACGGCCAGGGCGACACAGCAGGCGCCGUCAGCGUCGUGUCUACGGCUGCCUUCGCGGGGGGGCAGCAGGCUGUGACCCAGGUGGGUGUGGAUGGGGCCACCCAGCGCCCCGGCCCCGCUGCUGCCUCUGUGCCCCCAGGUCCCGCAGCGCCCUUCCCACUGGCUGUAAUCCAAAAUCCCUUCAGCAAUGGUGGCAGCCCGGCAGCUGAGGCUGUCAGUGGGGAGGCACGAUUUGCCUAUUUCCCAGCGUCCAGUGUGGGAGAUACCACGGCUGUGUCCGUACAGACCACAGACCAGAGCUUGCAGGCUGGAGGCCAGUUCUAUGUCAUGAUGACGCCCCAGGACGUGCUUCAGACAGGAACGCAGAGGACAAUUGCACCCCGGACACACCCCUACUCCCCGAAAAUCGACGGAACCAGGACACCACGGGAUGAGAGAAGGAGAGCGCAACAUAAUGAAGUGGAGCGGAGGCGGAGGGACAAGAUCAACAACUGGAUCGUCCAGCUUUCAAAAAUCAUUCCAGAUUGUAAUGCAGAUAAUAGCAAGACAGGAGCGAGUAAAGGAGGGAUCCUGUCGAAGGCCUGCGACUACAUCCGGGAGCUGCGCCAGACCAACCAGCGCAUGCAGGAGGCCUUCAAGGAGGCCGAGCGGCUGCAGAUGGACAGUGAGCUCCUGAGGCAGCAGAUCGAGGAGCUGAAGAACGAGAACGCCGUGCUCCGCGCCCAGCUGCAGCAGCACAACCUGGAGAUGGUGGGCGAGAGCGCCCGGCAGUGACGCCGUCCGCAGCGUGCGGCGCGGGCCGCCUCCGGGCCCCUGCCGUCCCUUUCCCCAGCCCUUAGCACAGAGAGGGACAGACGCCCCUCCCCCAGCUGCGUUUUUUAUAGUAGAUUUUUAACAAAAAACGGGGAGAAAUAAUGAAUUUCUGUGGAUAAGCACCCACUGCUCUCCUCAACUUGGAAACAAUAUCCUCCCUGCCCGUCUGUCUGUCUCCCUUCUCCCGGCCCCUACUCAGCCCUGGCACUUCUAGUGGCCUCACCUGGAGGCAAGAGGAAGGAGGACAGAGCCCCUGCCAUACCCCACUGCCUCCUUGGACUCUAGAGGUACUGAGACAGGGUGCUUAUGGGAAGGAGGGGAGCCUUUGGGGGGCCAGCCCUGGGGCCUGGACCUAAGCAGGGAGGCCAUGUCCCACCCCACCUCUUGUUUCUGGAACCCUGCUCCCCUUUGGGUGUGUGAGUGUGUUCUAAUUUUCUUUAUGGAAAAAAAUGGACAAAAAAAAAUAGAGAGAGAGAGAGGUAUUUAACUGCAAUAAACUGGCCCCAUGUGGCCCCGCCUUGUC